GUCAAGUAAUUACAACUAUUCGUUCAUUAACGGACUAUAUUUCAGCUCGUUACUGUGGUAACAGUCCGUGUCAGCCAAUCAGAUUUAAACCGGAAACGAGGUGCAGGAUGUACACGAUGUGAUUCCGGAAGUGGUGGAAUUUGAAAGGCAGAUACACUGCAGCGUGAAUAUGGACGAUCCUCAGCAAUAUCGUUAUACAGGUGGACAACAUGCGCCUUCACUUGGACCUUCAGGGAAUAUGGCACCGAGAGGAGACUUUUCUGCAGCACCUACACACGAGUCAUGGGAUGUUUACUCACAGCAGCAGGUUACACACCAUCACUGGCCACCGUUUCCCUCAGGAAGACCAGCAGCACCACCACACAGGUCUCCUCAUGUCUAUCCUCCUCAUCCACCAUUCGACCCCAGCAGACCUCCUCCUGGUUAUUUCCCCACAUCUCCAUCACUGACACCUUCUUCUUCUUCAACUUUAAACUCUGGACACGUUGAGGAUCCACCGCGCUUUCACCCCCUCAACAGAGACAUGGAUCACUAUCAUAGAGGACGUUUUGAUCAGAGUGGAAGCUUUUCUAACUCUGCACCGUCCUAUCAGCCUGAUUUUCAAACUAAUAACAUCCUGGCUCAUAAUUACUCUGUGCAUUAUGGUAAACAUCAUCAUCAUCAUCAUCAUGAUCCAUCACAAGCUCCUUAUGAUUACUCUGACAAAAAUAGGAACACAUCUGAUGCGGAUGCUUGGCAGAGAAAACAAGACGAGCAAUGGGUUAAUGCUUUCUUAGGCAGGAGAAAAACUACACAAUCAUCUACCAAGCUCUCUCCUCCAAAGCAGUCUGUGUGGGAGUUCAGGAAGAAGUUAUACACUGCAGUUAAAAUGCUCUCUGAGCUCUCAGAGGUGUGUCAAAGUUUAAAAAACAACCUUGAGAACGAAAACGCGUGGACAGACUCGUACUCGAGAGCUGUAGAGCUGAAGGGCAGCCUGGAAGAAAGCGUGAAGACUCUGAACGAUCCUGGUCGAGUGGACAUGGUGAAGAAGAAACUGGCUUGGAUCAAGAAGAGGCGAGCACGCAUGCGCAGGAAGAAAGCCGAGCGCGAGGAGGAGGAAAUAGAGCAAGAAGCGCGAGCCGCAGAGAAAGAAGCAGCCAUCGAUAAGCAGCAGAUGAAGAAGAUGCAACAAAUUGAAGAAAAGAAACGGGAGCGAGAACUGAAGCUGGCGGCUGAUGCUGUGUUGUCUGAAGUCAGGAAGAAGCAAUCUGAUGCCAAGAGAAUGCUGGACAUACUCAAAGCUCUGGAAAAGCUGCGAAAACUCCGCAAAGAUGCUGCUUCCAGAAAAGGUAUGUUCCCAGAGAAGGAGAGUGACGAGGUGUUUGAGGGCCACUUGACGCGACUCAGGAGUCUGAUCAGUAAACGCACAGCUGUCUACGGGGCUGAGGAGAAAGCGCUGAGAGUCAUGCUGGAGGGAGAACAAGAACAAGAGCGCAAACGUGAUCGUGAGAAGCGGCAAAAAAAAGAACGAGAGAAGCUGCUGCAGAAAAAGCGAGAGAUCAACACAAUGCUAUUUGGAGCUGAACUGCCUCUUGAUCACCCGCUUCAGCCGUACCAAGAGUACUACACUCAGGCAGAGAGCUCACUGCACGCACUCAUCCAAAUAAGGAGAGAGUGGGAUCAGUUUUUGGUUCCUGUAGAUCACCCUGAUGGUUCCUCCAUUCCUCAGGGUUGGGUUCUACCAGAUCCACCAGCAGAUGACGUCUGGGCCAUGGCUCUUGAGAAAUGAAUGUCUAGAAAAACCACAUGCAAUUUAUUAUUGACUGAUAUUUUACACAUUGCACUACAACUUUUUUAUUUUACUUUAUGGUGCACCAAAAUCGUCCUAAAGCCAGUUAUAAUUUAUUGGGCUAUGUAAAUACUAACAAGAAUAAAGUGUAUAUAGUGA